AUGGGGUGCAGGUGCUGUAAAAUGAUACAAAGCUAUCUCUUUGAUCCCGUCCAAGUGCCCUCCCCUGGCUAUGUCAAUGAAGUAAGCAGCUAUAAAUCAGAUGAAGAUGACACUGUUAAAUUAAAAGGCAAACAGAGCAGUGAAGUCCUGGUGCAUAAAAAUGACCUUCAGAGUGAGGGCUUGAAGAGGACUGAGAGCAGAAGCAGAACAGCUGUUCCGCAGGCGCUCCCUCAGGGGGACACUGGAGGGGGACACUGUGCGGACAAGACUGGCACUGCUGCCAAUGGCAUCAGCCCUGCUGCUGUUCUGCAGCCCCCCGAGAACCCCAGGCCCCACCAGGGUGACAAGGGCUCUGGGGCCAGUCCUGCAAACAACGUUCACCCAACUCAACCCUUCCUGGAAGAAGAGGACUCCAGGAAACAGGACUGUGUUCUGCCAGCCUUGGAAGAGAGUCCAGUCAUGCAAAAUGAAGACUCCAGAGCCCCUUCUAAGGCACAACUUCUUGCCUGGGAAGUACAAGACCAUGUCUUCCAAAUACCAGCCCCAGAUUACCCUCAGCUCUGGGGCCGAGCUGUAGACAAUGUUAAUCUUGAAAAAAAGGAUUUUUUCCAGAUCCACACUGAGGAUGAGCCCCUGGAGGGAAUUUGCCCCAGUCUGGUAGGGCAUGAUUUGAAUAUGCCCUUCUCCAUGAAGAGAAGCCGGGAUUCAUUAAAUGAGGCCGUGGCAACAGAAGUUCUAAGUGUCUGCUUUAAAGAGGAGGGUCCUGCUCAUGCUGUGCCUGUUGACUCAAGAGACGGGCAGGAGGAUGCCCACUGCUCCAGUGGAGAUGGGGCUGGGGAGAUAGUGGAUGAGGAUGCAGCGGUGGCAGAAGCCCUGGCAGCUCUAGAAGCUGCUACUGCGGGAGAAGAUAUGGAUGAGGCUGAUUAG